AUGGGCAAGUUCCACGCCCGGUUGUACAAGACCGACCGUGCGCGGGAUUUCGAUCACGAACAGGAUCGAUAUGUGCGCAUGCGUCAGAUCUAUGAGACCAUUGACCGGCAAGGCUUUCAAUGGAUUGUCGUGCUGGUCGCAGGUCUGGGGUUCUUCCUCGAUGGAUACACGUUAUUCGCGAGCAACAUGGCUCUUCCGAUGAUCUCAUACGUUUACUGGAAAGAUGACACCUCCUCGUUACGCCUCACAUGCAUCAACAUCGCAACGCUCGCGGGGACAUUGCUGGGACAAGUGGCGUUUGGUUUCUUGGCUGAUAAGAAUGGCCGGAAGAAGAUGUAUGGUGUGGAGUUGGUGCUCUUGAUCACAGCGACUCUGGGUGUGGUCAUGUCUUCGACAGGCGUGGACGGGAGCAUGAAUGUGUUUGGCUGGUUGAUUUGGUGGAGAAUCUGCGUCGGAAUUGGAGUCGGUGCAGACUACCCAUUGAGUGCGGUGAUUACAUCUGAGUUUGCUCCGACUAAGCACCGAGCCCGCAUGAUGGCCACUGUUUUCUUCAUGCAGCCACUCGGUCAAAUUGCCGGUAACAUCGUCUCAGUGAUUGUGAUUGCAGUGGCCCGCCAUAACAGCACACCCGACGAAGACCUUGCCCGAACCGUGGAUAUCAUGUGGCGCUGGGUUAUGGGAAUAGGCGUCGUCCCCGGUGCGAUUGCAACUCUGUUCCGAUUCGCGAUUCCUGAAAGUCCUCGAUACCUCGUCGAUAUUGAAGACGACCCCGUCACCGCCGAGUUUGACGCAAGCACGCUUUUCAGCGAAAGCCCUGGAAUGUCCGAUUUAUCAAGCUGGGGCAACAGUACCGUGUGCAGCGCAGGAGGCGGAAUCCAUCUACCCCCGAUUUCCUCCAUUGCUAGCACCAGUUCGAUCAUUGACGACGACGAUGAAUUCACCCGUCUGCCACCAGCCACACUCAACUCUCACUGGCGAUUGGCACGCACUGAUAUCUAUCGGUAUUUCUGGACCGAAGGGAACUGGCGAAGUCUGGCUGGAUGUUCGCUUGCGUGGCUUUUGCUUGAUUUUGGGUUCUACGGAAUUGGUCUUUCGAGUCCGCAAUUCUUCGCGAAAACAUGGGGCACGCUUCAUAUAUCCUCGGCCGCUCCGAGUUGGAUGACUGAUGAUCGACCGGAUGCGAAUAUUUUCACCAUGUUCAUGGACACUUCCUUGCGCGGCUUGGUUGUCCUCAAUGCUGGUAGCUUUGUCGGUGGUAUUUUGCUUAUCAUUUUUGCGCACAAGCUGGAUCGUGUGGCCCUUCAGAAGUACAUGUUCCUGGUAUUGGCGGUUCUAUUCAUCGCCCUGGGAAGCAUGUUCCUCUGCCUUUAUACUGGUCCCCCAGCCGUCGUGGCACUAUACAUCAUUGGCCAGAUUGUUUUCAACUUUGGUCCUAAUGCCACGACAUACAUGAUCCCAGCCGAGAUUUUCCCAACCCGCUACCGCGCAACCUGCCACGGUCUCAGUGCAGGGUGUGGAAAACUCGGAUCCAUCCUUGUCCAGAUCUUCUCGGCAUACUACCACUUCGGCGCUGGCCCGGGCAAUGAAUCAACCCGGAGACAUGGCAUCGUUUUGAUCGUCUUCAGCGCCUGCAUGGUCCUUGGCGCAGCAGUGACGCACUUCUGGAUCCCACCAAUCCAGCAAAAGCGCAACGGACGAAGCAAGAUAUGGGGAGGGAAACCCGAGACACUGGAGAGCAUGGCUCUUGGAAGAAUGGGCCGAAAGAGUCGAGAUGCGGACUUCCGAAAACGAACGUCUCGACAUCGGGCGCUUUCUAUGAGUGCUUAG